AUGCAAAAUCAUACUUCACAAGUACAGGGUGAUUCUUUCUCAUUGCCACCUUCUUCAUCACCACCACCACCACCACAAGAAGUCUCUACACAACAGCAAACAUCGUACUAUUCAUGGAGUCCAACUAGUCUUUCAGAAGCUGCCAAACAACAGCAAACAGAGUAUUACAGUGGAGGUUCUCCAAGCUAUUCACCAACUUCACCGAGCUAUUCACCAACUACACCCGUCUAUGCUCCAACUUCACCAGCAUAUUCACCAACUUAUACUCCAACCUCUCCUUGUUAUUCUUAUACCUCUCCAUAUUAUAGUACGAUUUUUUAUCUUCCGAGAGAGACAGUGCUGAGUUUUGAUUUGGAUCAAAGUGUAUUGGAAAGGAUUGAGAAGGAAACAAGAAAUUGGGGAGUGUUGAGGUGGAGAAAUCCAGAGUUGGGUGAAAGAUUUUGGGGACAUGUUUAUAUGAGUGUUGAUUCAAAGAUUGUGGAAAUUAUUAGAGAACAUUAUGGACCGAAGGGAUUAAUUACUAAAGUUAGGGAAUUGUUGGGAGAGGUAGGAGAAUCGCACUCUACGGUUGAGUAUAAUGCAUUCUUGUUGCCAACACAUUUUACUGUAAUUGGGAGUAAGGAGUGGCAACAGGCAUUCUUGGGAUUGGAGAAGGAGGUUGAGUAUUUUACAGUUAAAAAUCCUGCAGAAAAUGUAUUCGAAAGUUCAAUUGAGUUUGUGAAUAGUCCAUAUAAGAGUUAUUCAAAAUUGUUUAAGGAAGAGAAAAUUCAGGAAUUGUGCAAUUUUACCUAUUUUACAAGAUCUGGAUUUGCAAAUUCACUUCCCAACGAAAUUGUAUCCCACAUUAAACAAUUUCUAAUCAUUGAUCUGAAAGAAAGUGGACGAAAGGUUAAAUUCUCAAUCACUGGCCAAAUUAGUUUAGUUCCAAGACAGUUUGGAGAAAAGCUUGGUUUCAUUCUCCAUGUCGAUUGUCCAGAAAUGAAUAAUUGA